UUUGCUUUGCAGUCUGCACUAUUUGAAAGCAAUAUAGCUAUUCCUGCUUUCUUUUGAUUUGUGUUAGGAGUCGUUGUCUGUCACAGUCAGUUUGUGCUGCUAUAACAUCAUAGACUGGAUAAUUUAUUGUGGAGGGUGUUGGCCAGUGUAGAGAACCCUUUCCCGUCCUUGUUGAGGUCCAGGCAGGUUUAUAUUUGUAAUCCUGUGGAGAAGUUACUGGAAUGUUAGUGAUUUAAUUCCAAUCUACCACUUCCGUUGCAACCCAAGGCAAGAAGAAAGACACUAAAGACAUAUAUAUACAAGUUGUGGGAAGCCAAGAGGUCCUACAUCCAGCCAAGAUGAUGGUCACCGGAACAAAUGCCACACCCAGAGCCCAGCCUGAGCUUUAUUAAUUCUCUAUGAGGGGAGUGAAUCGGGAUCAGUGAGGGUGUCUGGGGUCGGGUCACUGUGACUGCAGUGAGCUGGGCGAAGUAGGAGGUCUGAGGUCACCUCUGAGAUAUGCAGAGGGCAAGGAAUGUAGAGAGAGCAAUCUGCAUAACACAGCUGAGCCAGUGUCCAGAGAUUUGGGUCAGUGCUUCAGUUCUGAUGUCCCUCAGGUAGUGUGGAGCACAGCUGUCUUUCCUGCCAGUUCAGUCACGUAUUUGGGGAGUCAGUGGGUGGGGGUAACAUUGACUAUGCUUCAGAGAUUACCCAUCAGCUCUUCAGCCAGCCCCAUUUACAUUGCUUAAAGCCAGUUGAAGGGACAAAGAAAUAGCCUAACAGUUCUGUGCAUAGCAGUACGUGGAGAUGGGGCCAGGUUUAUCCAAAAUGGAGACAGUUGCUCUUCUUUUCAAGGAGAGCCCUCUGCACCAUCCCCCAUGGGCCAGAGAUCCAUAUGUAAUGGAAAUGCAGAGGUAGGGGACUUCCAGAGCCACACCCAAAACCUCCCAGAAUGUGAAUACGCGGUUAUAGAUUAGAAGAUGAUCUGCAACGCCACAGGCCCAGUAGGAUCAAAGCACACUGCCUUAAGGAAUGAAUGCUCUGCCCUCUCCGCCCUAGGGUCAGUCAUGUAACAGUCCACAGGGACCUUCUCCUGUGCUCCCCCUAGCUUCCCUGCAUGAAUUUGCACAGACCUCCUCCUUUUGUCCUUGCCCUUGCUUCCUGGCCCUCAGUAAAAAGCCACUGGAGCUUUCCAUUUGGGGCUAUUUCCUGAGACUCACACUGAGGGGUCUGAGGUAAGGCGGCCCUCUGGGCCUUAAGGGUUUGAAUUGGACAUUGACUCCAAGUAGUCUGUCAUCCUUUGCACCAUGCCACGGUUGUGAACUGCAAUAAUUUACAAAGAACGGAAAUUUAUUUCCUCAGUUCUGGAAGACAGGAAGUUCAAGAUCAAGCACUAGCCCUGUGGGAAUCUGGAGAGGACCCUGGUCUCUUUCCAAGAUGGCUCCUCGAACCCUGUGGCUUCAUGGAGAACUGGGUCAGUGCUGUUGCUUCCAUCAGUAGCCUUUGGAAGGCUACUGAUCCCAUUCAUGAGGACAGAACCCUGAGGAUGUAAUCGCUGCCUAAUCCCAUCUCUUCAUACUGUCGCCCUCGUAAUUAAGUUCCAUCAUUGGAGCUUGUUACAGGCACCAUAGCGUCAUCAUUUACUUGAGUAUAGGCAGCAUAGUGCUGGAUCUUAUUGUAUGAUCAACUCGGGCAUUUCUUUGAGUUGGUGCAUUCAGACCAUGACAUUCAGUGGGAUUAUUGAGAGAGCAGCAUCUACCACAUCUGCUACUGCUUUCUGCUUGAUUUCUUGUUCUUUGUUUUGUUCUUUGUUUUCAUUUGCCUGCCUUUUGUGUUUGUAACUUGAGGAUUUAGGACUGUCUUUUCUCUCCUUUCUUAGCAUACAAGUUAGACUUGCCCGGUUUUUAUAAGUGGUCACCCUGGAGUUUACUAAUACAUUUCCAACUAAUACACUUCACCCCCUGGAUCUUUCUUCAGUAAAACAAUGCAUAAUCCUUGCUUGGCUCAGAGGGUUGUUAGGAGCUUUGUUCUCUACCGUGUGCUCCUCGAAUUCUUUGUUCCAAGAUGAUUUUUAGCACAAUCUGCUGCCCUUGAUGCUCACUCCUCCCUCUUCUCUCUGUUAUCACCCAGGCUGUGCCCUGCCUGCUGGCCACCCCUGCCUUCAGGCAAGGGACUUCAUCAAACUGAGGGCCGUACUCAUGUAUUCAUGCUCAUGUUGAGUGUCCCUGAAAACAUCCCCUGCUGGUCAUGGUGGUGCACACCUGCAGUCCCAGUGCUUUGGGAGGCUGAGGCAAGAGGAUUUCAAGUUCAAACCCAGCCUGGUGUUUUGGAGUUUUAGACCCUGUCACAAAAAGGCCUAGGAUGUAGUUCAAUGCAGAUGCCUUAGAUUCAGUCUCAAGUAAAUGAGGUACAAACUACAGCACACCGCCUUUCAGUGAGCCUCCAAAAUGGAGUGACGACAUGGAUAUGCAAAAAGGAAUACAUACUUUUGGCCUGGGUGUGGGGGAAGAGAUCUUCUCACCAUGUUCUCACCACCGUGUUUUCAGGGGGAUCCCGUAAUUCUGAAAGUAAGACUCGUUUCUGCAGAAGCCCAAGUUUGCAGCCAAGACAGUGCCACAAGCAAGUCACUGCACCUCUGAAUCCCCGUUUUUUGGUCAGUAGAAUUCACAUGACCUGCAUGCCUUGGGCAGAUAUGGUUUCCAGCACUGCGAGGCUGUGUGGUGAGCUGCUUCUGUGGGUUGAGUUGGUUGGGUUUUCCUGAGUUUCUGAUGGAGCUCAGGGCUUUGACAGUGUGCUGUAGCCUCAGCUCUUUUGUUUUUGGAUGGAGGGUCUGGGUCGCUAAGGUUCUCAGGCACUGCUGGAACUUGAGAUCCUCAUCCCUCAGCCUCCCAGACUGCUGGGUCACUCGACCAAGACACUGGGCCAAGCCCUAAGUGGACUUUCCUAGCCCACUGUUCUGGGAGCAUGGUAAUAGCGGGCAGCAAGCCAGCGUCCCGGAUCUGUCCUGACUCCUGCUUUUAGGGCGCGGCCUCGUGCUUGUCACCUCACAUCGCCAGUUUAGCCGGGAGCAGGACUGAACUCAAGGCCGAUGCGACCCGAGUGAACCCUCAGUACAAACCCGUGCGAACCCGCGACCGAGAAGGCCAGGCGCUUCUGGCCGGCAACGUAGGCCAGUUCUCUCGGGCCCAAUCCAGAUUCACGGCCCUCCGCCCCCUGUGGCACAACCAAUCAGUAUCUGUCGCUGCAGCGAUGCCGCACCCCUCCGCCACCGCCCACUGGCGCGGCCAAUCUGCUUCCAGCGCUGAGACGAUGCCUCGCCCAGUGGCGCUGGCGGGUCCAGGCAGCCCGGGGGCGGUAGAUUGCGGGCAGCAUGGUGCACGGCAGGGUCUCCCGGCUGUUGGUGCACGAUGUGCGCUUCCCUACGUCGCUCGGGGGCCACGGCUCCGACGCCAUGCACACGGACCCUGACUACUCGGUAGCCUACGUUGUCCUGGAGACCGACGCAGAGGACGGGCUCCGGGGCUGCGGGCUCACCUUCACCCUGGGAAAGGGCACUGAAGUGGUUGUCUGUGCUGUGAAUGCUCUCGCCCACCACGUGCUUCACAGGGACCUCAAGGACAUUGUUGGCAACUUCCGAGGCUUCUACCGGCAGCUCACCAGCGACGGACAGCUCAGAUGGAUUGGUCCGGAGAAAGGCGCGGUGCACCUCGCCACAGCGGCGAUUCUGAAUGCGGUGUGGGACCUGUGGGCAAAGCAGGAGGGAAAGCCUCUGUGGAAGCUACUUGUGGACAUGGACCCCAGGACGCUGUUAUCCUGCAUCGACUUCCGGUACAUCACAGAUGCCCUGACCGAGGAGGAUGCCCUGGAAAUACUGCAGAAAGGCCAAGUUGGUAAAAAAGAAAGAGAACAAAUACUGACACAUGGUUAUCCUGCCUACACCACGUCGUGUGCCUGGCUCGGAUACCCGGAUGACUUGCUGAAGCAGCUCUGCGCCGCGGCCCUGAAGGACGGCUGGACCAGGUUCAAAGUGAAGGUCGGUGCUGACCUCCAGGACGACAUGCGCAGAUGCCGCCUCAUCAGAGACCUGAUUGGACCCGACAGGACUUUGAUGAUGGAUGCCAACCAGCGCUGGGAUGUGCCUGAGGCAGUGGCGUGGAUGUCAAAGCUGGCCGAGUUCAAGCCGCUGUGGAUCGAGGAGCCCACGUCUCCUGAUGACAUCCUGGGGCACGCUGCCAUCGCCAAGGCCCUGGCCCCUUUAGGAAUCGGAGUGGCCACAGGAGAACAGUGUCACAACAGAGUGGUGUUUAAGCAACUCCUCCAGGCGAACGCCCUGCAGUUUCUCCAGAUUGACAGCUGCAGACUGGGAAGUGUCAAUGAGAACCUCUCGGUGAUACUGAUGGCCAAAAAAUUUGGAACCAGGCACCAAGAGGACCUGACAUUGCUGGAGUCUGACCCAUGCCUCUGGGGGAAUCACAGGACCUUGAGUUGUGACGGACCUCAUGGUUCACACUGCUGCCAGAUGAGCAGCACCCAAGGCAGAGGAUGUGUGAAUACGUGGAUCACCUACAUGAGCACUUCAAGUAUCCUGUGUACAUCAAGCAGGCCUCCUACAUGCCUCCACAGGCUACUCAACGGAAAUGAAGGAGGAUUCUGUAAAGAAACACCAGUAUCCAGAUGGCGAAGUCUGGAGGAAGCUCCUUGCUGCUCAAGAAAACUAGCCUUGAGCUAUACUACCUCCACUCCCUAAGUGGUACUACCUACACCUCUUCUUUAAAACUUUUCAGCUAAUUUUAAAAGCAGAAGAAAGAAACCUCAUUCUACCAAUCAAGAUCAGAUGAAAGUCCUAAUAACUUUAGGAAUCAGAUUCAUCAUCGAUCCUUUUAACAAAUUGACACAAAUUCUAUUUAACCCCUCAACAAACUCUGACUCACCAGACCAAAGUCCAGGAAGAUGUUCUUACAAGAUUUCUACCAAGGACUGGUAGCUGGAUAUUAAAUUACUGGGACAAUCAGCAAUAUAUUGUAGUCUGUUAAGAGCAAUUCCUUCUUCUGUGUAACACUUCUCAUAAAUUCGAAUAAAAAUAGUUCUGGAUCCCA